AGAGCUAACACACAGCGUCACACAAGGGAAGCGCUGCCGGACAGAGCGGAGCAGCGGAGGGAUAAUUGAAUCUGACGCUCAUCACAGAGAGACAUCCAGUCCUGGGAAGGUCCCAAAACUUCUUCCAUCAUGUCCAACGCCACUGGAUCCCGCUUGACGAUCACAAAUGGCACAGCCGGAAACCAUGAGGAUAAAAGCGUGGUGAGCAAUGACUUCGCCACGACGCUGGGAGCCCUCAUCCUCGGCCUGGUCUUCCUCCUGGGCGUCCCCGGAAACCUCUUCAUCGUCUGGAGCAUCAUGGCUCGCAUCAAACGGCGCUCGGUCACCACCCUCCUCAUCCUCAACCUGGCGUGUGCAGACGGCCUCCUCAUGGUCCUCACCAUCUUCUUCAUCGUCUACCUGACCAUGCAGACGUGGGUGUUUGGAGACGCCAUGUGCAAAUGCCUGUUCUACCUGUGCAACGCCAACAUGUACGCCUCCAUCUUCCUCAUCACGUUGAUGAGCGUGCACAGGAUGGUUGCCGUGGUGAUGCCGAUGAGCCUCUCCACCCUGGUGAGCAAGAAGGUGGUGAGGAGGGUGAUCUGUUGCACGUGGGUGUUGGUGAUGCUCAUCGCUAUCCCCUCGCUGGUGUUUCGAGACGUCAGAGAGGACCAUGAUGAGAAGAAGAGAACAAGGCAUGUGUGUGCACCCAAUCACACAAAGCCUACACAUGAAAGGUUUCAGUAUGCCUUUGAGACGGUGUCUGGGUUUAUCUUGCCGUACACGGUCAUCAUCACGUGCUACGUCCUCAUCCUGAGACGCCUCCGACAGACCAAGUUUCGCAGAACGGUCCGCAGCGAGAAACUCAUCCUGGCCAUCGUGGUGAUGUUUGGCCUCUUCUGGCUGCCGUACCACGUCAUCAACAUGAUACAGGUGACAGCUCAGUGGUACGAUCCUGAAUCACCCAUAAGAAAAAAAUUGGACAACAUCACUCGGACCAGCCGUGCAGUGACUUCGGCUCUGGCCUUCAUCAGCAGCUGUGCCAACCCCGUCCUCUACACCUUCGCAGGGAAGUCGUACAUCAAGAAGAACGGCUUCGCCUUCAUGGCUCGGCUCUUUGAGGGCACGUCGUUGGACCAAACGGGAGCGAAAAAGACAAAAGAGACUGUGGGACUCAGUACUGUGGACUCUGCGAACGACUAGGAAACUUUACAAAACGGGAGAACUUGAAUGAUCGCUCCCCUUUAAGAGAAACGAUGUAAAUAAUACAAGUGUGUAGAUAUUGGUUUAAGCAGCUUUAGUCAAACUAAAAACACUGGCUGAGAGCUGUCAACUAUUUUUGUUGUAGAUAAAUUGUGUUUGGAAGUCAUUGGUGUCAAGACAGGACUUUAAAUAGUUGUUCCUGUAUUUCAGAAAUGCACAUUUUGACAUUGUGUUGCAGAUAAUUGCGCUGCUUUUCACUUUCCAUACCCCGAUGUAUCCUACUGGUAUACAAGCAAGCUUCUUUACAUUUUAGGCCCAUCACUUCCCUUUAUAGUUUUUAGGAGAAAUUGUCAGUCAUGUCUGAAAGUAGACUGCCGCUUCCCGUUUAACACUGCCAUGUAAAAAGUUUGUCAAAUGAUCCUGCAUGUUAGUGAAUUGUAUAGUUUCGUUCACGUGUAAUGUGCCAUUUUUAUCAUGAUGCAAAGGAUAUUGAAUCUUAAGUCAUUUUUUGUAGUAUUUUCAAGUAACGUACUGUUUUAUUGCACUGUAGGUUUAACAUACCAAUUUUUUAUCAAAAUAAAACUUUUAACUUA